UCGGUUACAAGGCUCGUUUGCAAAUUAAUGGCUAAAUCAAUUAAAUGAAAGCAUGGGAUUUCUCUUGAGGGAAGUCUAGUCACGGUGGCAGGGAGAAGGGGAGGGGUUGUGGAGCAGGGAUGACAUAAUCACGUUUGCGAAUCACCAGCAGUGUGCAUGCUUUAAUCCAUUAAUGGGGUUUUUAUCUGUGAUCAUAAAAAGCAGGUUACAUUCAGCCUGGAAGGGAGCGAGGGUUGGAGGAGAGGGGAGGGGAGAGAAAGACAGAGAGAGAGAGAGAGAGAGAGAGAGGCAGAAAGCAAGGGAGAAAGAGAGCACAGUUCACUCGGUGGAUUGCUUGCAAGCUUGGGGCUGAUAAUUAGGGAUCUCAGGAGAGCAGCUCCUCAGAAUAACACGCUCUCCUCCAAAUGGACCGACGGCAGACGGUGGUUCAGCCCUGCUGAUAUUUUUUAAGCCCUCCUUGCAGUUUGAUGGGCAUUCCCAGUGCUUUUGUGCACGUCUCGGGAAGCGUUGACGUGGAAAGGAGCAGCGAGGAGGGGGAGGUUGGAGGAGAAAACUGCAGCUCCUCUAAAAAUACGGAGGGCAUGCACGGGAGCAAGCAGGCUGGGGAGGAGGGCGAGGCGGGGGCACCUCGCACCAUGGUCCCCCGGUGCCGGCGCGGCGCAGUUUCGGAGAUGUCCCUGCUGUGACUGGACGCACCAUGAGCAUCUGGGAGCUGCUCCUGGCUUUCGUGGUGGUGCUGCUGAUGCUCGUGGCCCUGCUGGCCAACGUGCUGGUGCUGAUGUGCUUCCUGUACAGCGCCGACAUCCGCAAGCAGGUCCCGGGAUUGUUCAUCCUCAACCUCACCUUCUGCAACCUGUUGAUGGCCGUCUCGAGCAUGCCCCUGACCUUGGCUGGGAUCAUUUACAAAAGUCAGCCGGCAGGAGAUCAGGUCUGCCACGUUGUGGGCUUCCUGGAGACUUUCCUCACCACCAACUCCAUGCUGAGCAUGGCAGCUUUGAGCAUUGACAGGUGGAUCGCUGUGGUCUUCCCUCUAAGCUAUCACUCCAAAAUGAGGUACCGAGACGCCGCUCUCAUUCUGAGCUACACGUGGUUGCACUCGGCGUCGUUCCCCAUAGUGGCAGCUUCUCUCUCCUGGGUGGGUUUCCAUCACCUCUACGCCUCCUGCACGCUCUACAACAAGAGACCAGAGGAUAGGACACAGUUUGUGAUUUUCACUGGGGUCUUUCACGCCCUCAGCUUCCUCCUCUCCCUGGUAGUGCUGUGUUUCACAUAUCUCAAAGUGCUGAAGGUGGCACGGUUCCACUGUAAGCGCAUCGACGUGAUCACUAUGCAGACCCUGGUGCUGCUUGUGGACAUCCAUCCCAGCGUGCGAGAGCGAUGUCUCGAGGAGCAGAGGAGACGGAGGCAGCGGGCGACGAAGAAGAUCAGUACCUUCAUUGGUACUUUCAUCCUUUGCUUUGCACCUUACGUAAUCACAAGACUUGUUGAAUUGUCCUCUGUGGUCCACAUCAACUCCCACUGGGGGAUCAUUUCCAAGUGCUUGGCUUACAGCAAAGCUGUUUCAGACCCUUUUGUGUACUCUUUGCUACGGCACCAGUACAAGAAGACGUGGAAGGACAUCAUAAACAAGAUCCUCAAGAGAAGCUCCAUCAACUCCUCGGCGCUGGCGGGCGAGUCGCACAACCGGAACCUUCCGCAGCUGAACGAGUGAGGAGCCUGGUAUGGCCCCUGUCAGGGGAUAUUUGUGAAGCAACAGCAACUGGCCCACCCCUAGUAGCUCUCCUCAGCUGUCCGGGUUUUGGGAGGCAGCUGUGGGCAGGGUGAAGCCCAGACCGUGUCCCUCCAGCAGCCCGUGUAACAUCCAGGCUGCUCUGGACCUCCUCCCUCCGACUGGAAGAGCGCUAUUGAUCCGUGGUCCUGCAGGCUCCACAAAUACAAAUCUCCCAUUGUUUUCCAUCAGCAGCUGCAUUUAUAGAUUAAAAAAACCAGUCCUCAGCAGAGGGAUUCAUGAAGGUGAUGGGAGCAAACUGCUGCUGGUGUAAGAUUACCCUGAAAAGCUGCACAGGGAUAUUUGUGCUGUGUUUGUCGUUGGCUGCAGGUGAAGCUCCUUCUGAUGUAGCUGCCAACGUGGCUUUACAAAACCACCCCACCCUAGUGGCUUGAGAAGGUUGUGUGUAGAAAAUAUCUUAGUAGGAAAGGCUUAAAAAAAAUAAUCUAAACAUUCAUCCAGUGCCCAAAGCAGUUUUCAGCCUUUUUUGAUAUAUAUUUUAGGAAGAAUCCCAUAGAUUUGAAGGAAGAGAAAAACCACUUUUGGAGUGUGCUGGGUUCAUCUGUGUCCUCUCUAAAUUUUAAAAGUUAUUUACAUAGAAUCCCACUAAUAUCCUUCCCACUAAAUUUCAGGAAAAUACAAAUGGUAGACAGGGUGGAAAGGUCAGGAUGCCUCCUGCCUCCCUUCCAUAGAUCUGAGCUCUGAAUAGCUGGAUUUUGCUCAAAGCUGCAGAUCUGGGCCCUGUGCCCAGGAGGAAAAAUAACAAAUCUCUUUUUCUGAGGAGUUAUUAAUCAUGGGUUUUUUUCCUACUUAAAUGAAAGAUGAACCUAAGUCUGAGUUUCAAGUAUAAUUUCCAAAGCAAGUGGAGCACAAAUAAUAGCCCUCCCUCUCCACCAUGAAAGUGGAGCCAAUAAUCUGAAUCCACAUCUGAAUGUGCAAAUCUCUGGAGGUGUCAGUACAAAUCUUUAUAGCCCUAGAUAGCAGUUCUGCAUAGGAACAUUAUUAACAUUUACCAUGCACUCAAGAUGCCUGCCCAGAUUUUAAAAUAGGCUUGGUUAAUUAGCCUUCAUGAAUGCAAUGGCAGCUUCAAUAACAGCUGACACAACUGGCUGUACUGCCAUCUAUCCCUGCUCAUAUUCCAACUGUCAAUGCCAUUCUGAGGAAAUAAGGCCUCAAAUUGUAAAAAAUGUGGGAUUACUUUUUAGUUGCCACCUUCUCUCAUGAAAGAGAAGGGCUUGGUGUGCUGCGAAAAAAUGUCCACUGUGGAAUUUUCUGGCCUCUGAUUCAAAGCCCAGGCUGGGGACUCAGUGAGGGGCUUCACCCCAGAGUCAGUGAAUGUGGGGUAAUACCUCAGUUAUAAUCUGAAGAUUAUCAGCUGCCAUGUAAAUAAAAAUUUUCAGCUUAAUUCUUAAUUUCAGUUAUAAAAAAUACCAUUAUUACAAUACAAUCCACACAUAAUUAUAGCCACAGAAUUUAAGGAAGCUUUUAAAACACUGCAUUCAAAUGAGCCCUUAGCCAGAUUAAAUAGCCUACCUCAUCUUAAUCAUUUUGCUUCUUAGGCUUAACAUAAUUUUCUCAGGUGCAAUAGAUAAAAACACCCAGUUCAAUACUUGUUUCUUAAGAAAUUCAAGACACAUUGAUGAUUGGAUUGUAUUGGAAUACAGGAUGUUAGAAAGUUGAAUAUUAUUGAGUUUGAAAAGGUAAAAAGCUCCCUAUUGAGCAUGUUUGACUUAAAUUACACCAGGAAAGGCCACAGCUGUUGUAAACUUACACAUGGAGCUGAUGCCAAAGCCAAUGGGAGGUUUGUAUGUCAAUAAUGGCAGCUCCAGAAACAUUUAGACCUUCAAAUUCAAAGAGAGUAAGCUAAUUUCCCAGGAGAAAAAAAGCAUAAUCCAUUUAGGAUGCCUAGUAAAAGAUGGAGAAUACAGCACUGGACUUGUCUCAUCAUGCUUGUGUAUCACAGUCAGUCACUGGUUGAUUUAUAUCCCACCAUGAGCAAUAAAUCUCUCCCCUUGUAUGUGUUUAAAAAUUUGUCUCUCUUUCAUGGUGCCUUUCUUCCAUAAUUAAUCUUAUAACAGAGAAUAGAUAUGAUUUCCCCUUCCUUGCAUCAGCUCUCUGUCAUAUUUUGACCAUCUGAAGCAAGCAGGAGUUGUAAAUGCUGGUGCUUGACAAACUGCCUCAGUACACGAAAUAAAAACACCACCCCAGCAUUUCCUGAUGACAUUUUAUAGGAAACUCAAAAUAUGAUGCUGUGGCUUGUUAAGUGCUAGAUUUUCAGCUGAAUUCUUAUAGGCAACUGGCAAAAUUUUCUAAAAUGUGUGUCUCAGUGAUGAAUGUAGAUAUGAGUAACUAUCUGCCUGCUGAGUAUUAUAUGUACUACACAGCACUCUGACUGGAGUGAGUUAAAAUCAUGCUGGUAAAUGUAAUGCACAGUAUUUAUUAUCUCUGCCCAUGAAGCAGGGCUCUUCUCUUGUCUAACACACGUGUGUGCAAGGAGGGGGGGUGGGGCAAUUUCCAUUUGUUACUUCAAUAUUUUUGAAAAAGUUUGUCGAGUUUGGCUGCAGCCUGUGCCCAAAAUCUGGAGCUGCAUGUGCAAAAUCUGGGCAGCUGCUUAGGCAAUAUGCAGAUUUCUGUUUGUUGUAUCUGUGACCCAUAUGCAGUAUCUACUCCUCACACGCAUGUUCCAUUAACAUUUCCUUCAGAGCUUGUGAAUUUGGCAGGCAGAGCACUGGCAGAUGAGUAAGAGAAUGUAGUCCACCACGUUGUUUUGUGGAUUUUGAGCUUUUCCCUUUGUUCAUUUGAACGGUUUUUACACCAUUUCAGAGCCCUAACUGUGAGCUGGGAUCCUGGUUUCUGUUUUGCUCGUCAGUCAGUUUGAAUGUGAAGAUCUGAAUAAGUGCAAUUGGCAAAAACUAUGAGAGACUGAGAAGGGUUUGUUGAACAAUUAUUAAGUACCAGGCCCUUUCUUGACAUAAAUCAAAAUAAUGGUGGUUUCACCUGAGGAUUGGGUCCAUUAGGUGAUUUUAUCCAGGGUUUAUAGGUUUCUUCUCCAUGUGUAGGGCCCUUUUUUUAUGGUAUUUAAAAAUGGAAGGAUGUUAACAGGAUUUAGGGAGUUCCUCUGAUGUGCAAAUGCUCACUUCCAAUAUCAGGCAGCCACGUAACUAAUUAAGUUCUAUCCCUGUUCUUACACUUUGAGUAGAUGACCCUAAAUUCCUCUUUUCAGUAGCCCCAAAUCAGACUUUUUAGAACUUCCCUUAUGUCUGAAAAAAACCAAACCUACAAACCUAGAGAUUAAAAAUGCUUCAGACAAAUCCUCAUGGAGCCUGAUGGCUGCUGCAGCUGUAGCCACACACAUCCCAGCAUCUCAGGCCAGCUGAGGUCGGAAGGAACCUCAAAAAGCCUCCAAAAGCUCCCAAAAUCCACAUCCCUUCCUCUGGCAAUGAUUUACCCUCUCAGUUUUGCCAGUGCACCUAGAAAAUUAUCUUGAUCUGCUUCAGGCCAACAGUAAAAUCUUCUGGCAAGGAUAUAUAUAUUUUAAUAACUUUGACAAGACAUCUUAGACUAAACUU